AUGUCUGGCAGCGCAGGAUACGACCGUCACAUCACCAUCUUCUCAGAUCAGGGGCGCCUAUAUCAAGUUGAGUAUGCAUUCAAAGCCAUUACAGCUGCGAACAUAACUUCAGUGGGAGUAAGAGGGAAAAAGUGUGCUGUCGUUCUGUCACAAAAGAAAGUCCCUGACAAACUCAUUGACCCAUCCUCUGUGUCCCAUGUCUUCAAGAUCUCACCCUCAGUAGGCUGCGUAAUGACGGGCUCCAUUGCCGAUGCCAGAGCUUCUGUUGAUCGUGCUCGAGGAGAGGCAGCUGAGUUCAAAUACAAGUAUGGCUAUGAAAUGCCAUGUGAUGUACUGGCGAAACGCCUUGCCAACAUCAAUCAAGUCUAUACUCAACGUGCUUACAUGAGGCCUCUCGGUGUUGCCACGACCUUGAUCUCUGUGGACGACGAACUUGGUCCUCAAUUAUACAAAUGCGAUCCUGCUGGAUACUAUGUUGGCUACAAAGCAACUGCUUCAGGACCAAAACAACAAGAAGCUCUGAAUCACUUGGAGAAAAAACUCAAGAACAAGGAAUGUGCCCCGGGUGACUGGGAGGAGAUUGUCGAGCUUGGAAUUACCACGCUUAGCACUGUACUCAGCGUCGACUUCAAGAAGAACGAAUUGGAGAUCGGUAUUGUUGGUGGGCCACGAGCUGAAGGCUCUGAUGAAACAAGUUCCGCUUUUCGUACACUGACAGAGGACGAAGUCGAAGAACGGCUUCAAGCUAUCGCUGAAAGAGAUUGA